CCCUGACUCUCGUACUAUGUUCCCGUCCAGAUGACUGUCCACAAUCUGUACAUCUUCGACAGGAAUGGCGUCUGCCUCCAUUACAGCGAGUGGAACCGUAAGAAACAUGCUGGAAUUUCGAGGGACCAGGAAUACCAGCUGAUGUACGGAAUGCUGUUCUCUAUCCGCUCGUUUGUCAACAAGAUGUCUCCUGUCGAUUUUCGUGACGGCUUCCUGUCCUUUCAGACCAGUAAAUACAAGCUGCAUUAUUACGAGACUGCGACAGGCAUUAAAAUCGUUAUGAACACGGACCUUGGGGUUGGGAACAUCCGAGAUGUUCUCAGUCAGAUCUACAGCACGAUCUUUGUCGAGCUUGUGGUGAAGAACCCCCUGUGCAGUAUGAACGAGCCCAUUCAGAGCGAACUGUUCCGCACCAAACUGGACAGUUUUAUCCGUGGCCUGCCAUUCUUCUCAGCACGGGCAGGCUGAUCGUUGGCUGAUUCAAGCUCCCAAUGGUUUGACGCUGCACAAAUGAUCAUGAGAAACUGCAUUGCUUCAGCACCCAGUUCCUGUGUGGAAUUGGUGAGGUGCCCCCCUCUAACCCGUGCUGAAUGUUUACCCCCUUUCUGAUUCAGAGCUCUUUGUUUCUCUUCUGUUCCACUCCUUGCCCACCUUGCGUCCUCAGCUUCAAUGCCAUAUUCCAGUUACUGUGACUACAGAUGGUAGCAAUGGGUGGAAGCAAUUGGUGGUUCUGUAUCAUUUGGGGAAUUCUUUUUUCAGAAGCCUCCUCCUGUUUAAUUUAUAAAAUAAAUCUGGCCUAAGGGGCAGUGCAUCUGUCCA